CUCCUCGUAGGAGCGAUGACUCGCUUAUCACUGCCUGGAUUCUCUUCCGCUAUAUGGUGAUUGGUAUGUAUGUAGGAGUAGCAACAGUGGGAGUAUUCAUCAUAUGGUACACUCACAACAGCUUCAUGGGAAUAGACUUGAGCCAAGAUGGCCACAGCCUUGUGAGCUAUUCACAGCUCGCACAUUGGGGCCAAUGCUCUUCAUGGGAAGGCUUCAAAGUGUCUCCUUUCACAGCAGGCUCUCAGACUUUCUCAUUCGACUCAAACCCAUGUGAGUAUUUCCAGCAGGGUAAAAUCAAGGCAUCCACACUCUCCCUCUCGGUGCUGGUGGCCAUUGAAAUGUUCAACUCUCUGAAUGCACUCUCAGAAGACGGCAGCCUGGUAACGAUGCCGCCGUGGGUGAACCCGUGGUUGCUCCUGGCAAUGGCGGUCUCAUUCGGGCUCCACUUUGUGAUAUUGUACGUCCCAUUCUUGGCUCAAGUGUUUGGUAUUGUGCCGCUGAGCUUGAACGAGUGGCUGCUAGUGCUGGCUGUGUCACUGCCGGUGAUUUUGAUAGAUGAAGUGCUCAAGUUUGUAGGAAGGUGCACCAGUGGCUACCGCUACUCAGCCCGCACUCCCUUCGCUAAGCAAAAGGAGGAGUAAGAAAACAAUUCAAAAGGCAUUAUUAUUAGACUGUUAGUUUUAGCUGAAAUUAACUUUGUUGCUUUCCUCAGCCUUGCAGUUUAAUUCUCUAAACGAUAAUUUUUGAUUUGAUGAAAAAAUGUUUCUAACUUUGGUUCAUGGACAUGGCCACAUGGGUAUCCCAAAACAGCCCGUAAUAGAAAUAUGAAUGUUUC